AUGUUCUCCAACCGCUUCGCAGCACUCUCCAUCGAAGUCCCGCCCUCCCACGACACGGGUUAUGUCCUUGAGAACGACGAGUGUGGCAUCUCUAAUGACGCGAUAGACCGUGACCCCCCAAACCCACCCCCUCGUCUCCCAGGUCCCCGCUACACCACACCCCACCUCCUCGCACUCCACGCCUCCCCUCUCGUCUCCUCCCUUCAACUUUCCAUCAACGCGCGAAUCCGGGCGAGCGAACGCCCAGACGUCCUAAUCGAAAACCAAAGUACCUUGUUUGCGAAUGAGCGUAUGCCCGGAGAAACACCCCCACCCGGGCGACUCGUGUAUGCUUGGGAGACACACGAAACUAGCGGUGUGAUGGGUGCUCCUUCUCGCGGCGUAACUAAUACUCGAACUCCUAACCAUCGCGAAAGGGGUUCUACUACUGCUACUCCCCUCCGUCGAGCGCGUAAACCAGCCCCUCUAAAUCUAAGCCUCACCUCCGCCUCGAUCGACCUCAACAGCCGAGCAUCCCCCACCACCUCGACGAGCAGCGCUCUGAGCUGGGUUCCACGGCGCUUCAGCUUCAUCGACAACGGCACCGAUUGGACUUCUGCUACAGGUUCUGCGUCUGCCACCGGUUCGUCUAGCGGUUCUGCCACAGGGUAUCCCGCGUCUGCAUCUGCCACAACCCCCGACACCAGUCGCGCCGGUUCACCCCCCGUCUUCUCUAACCCAUGGGACUCCACCAACCCUAGGACUACUAAACACCUCGCCGACGAGACCCUACUCAACGUUCAAGACCCAGGUACUCUCAUUCCCCGUCGUUCCUCAGGGUUACCCAUGAGCCCCAUCUCACCCCCGACGAUCGCAUUCGCUCAUCCUCCUCGUACUCGUACUCGCGGUGCUCUUGGUAGUGGUUAUGCUCUCGGUGCGGGUCAUGCUCGUGGUGAAGGUCGUAUUCUCGGUGCUGGGCGUGCUCGUGGUGAAGGUCAUGCUCUCGGUGGCGGUCAACCUCGCGGUGGCGGUCAUGUUCGUCGUGGAGGCCAGGCUCGUGGUGGCGGUUAUACUCUCGGUGCGGGUCAUGUUCGUGGUACUCCAAACCUUCGCGGACGCGGACGUGGACGCGGUAAGGCAAGGGGUGGCGCAAUCUCCUACUCAACUCGACUUCUUCCUGUCCUCCGAAACUCCAUCGCCGGUUUCGAAAGCUCUGCAGUAGGCAACACAGAGUUCACCAGUGUCGAAACCAGAGGACUCUCUAUCGGUGCGGGUGACGGAGGGUCUAUCGGCGUCGGCGUCGAAACCACAGCGUCUACCAGUGUCGAAACCAGAGAGUCUACCGGUGUCGAAACCAGAGAGUCCACGCGUAUCACCAAAGAAGAAGAAGCAGGAGACGGAUUCACGACCGUCGAACCACGUCGUCGUUCAUAUUCUCAACCUCGUGUCUCAUCUUCUUCGACUCCUCGUCGGGGUUCCGUGCUUACUUCUCGUGGAGGCUUUGGUCGUUAUACCGGACAUUCUCAAGACCUUACUCGCUCUCCCAGACCUUCUCAAGACAUUCCUCGUUACACCGAACAUCCUCAAGACCUUCCUCGAUACACCGGACCCCGCGAACCGUGCACCACUCGAUGGGCUGUAAGCUACCUCCCUCUGCUUCCUCCUCCCACCCCCGGCCCCCGCUCGAGCGCGUCAGGAGACGGGAGAGAGGAAGGGAUGUCGGCGAAUACGACUAGGUCGGCGAAUACGAACAGGUCUGCGAGUAUGAAUAAAUACGCCCCACUCGGCAGCAAAACCAUACGGUACACGUUCCAGCCUUCCUGGAUUCAGAAGUGA